CUGUGAGUGUGGUGUUCCUGGGGUCGGUGGCGGCCGGCGGUUGGUUACACAGGUGUUUGGCAGCUACCGCUACCGCCAAGGCCCUGGUCACUUUAGUCUUCCCGCCAUGGAGAGUCCAGAGUUCAAGCAGCAGGAGCAGCAGCAGCCCGCGGCGAAGAUCAGGAACCUUCCCUGGGUUGAAAAAUAUCGGCCACAGACACUGAAUGAUCUCAUUUCCCAUCAGGACAUUCUGAGUACCAUUCAGAAAUUUAUCAGUGAAGACCGACUGCCACACCUGCUCCUCUAUGGCCCUCCAGGGACCGGAAAGACAUCCACCAUUCUUGCCUGUGCUAAACAGUUAUACAAGGAUAAAGAAUUUGGCUCAAUGGUCUUGGAGCUGAAUGCUUCUGACGACCGGGGGAUAGAUAUCGUUCGAGGACCAAUCCUGAGCUUUGCCAGCACAAGGACAAUAUUUAAGAAAGGCUUUAAACUGGUGAUCUUGGAUGAAGCUGAUGCCAUGACUCAGGAUGCCCAGAAUGCCUUGAGAAGAGUGAUUGAGAAGUUCACUGAGAAUACCAGAUUUUGCCUCAUCUGUAACUAUCUGUCCAAGAUCAUCCCAGCCUUGCAGUCUCGGUGUACGAGGUUCCGGUUCGGUCCCCUGGCUCCUGAACUCAUGGUCCCCCGCCUGGAGCAUGUGGUAAAAGAAGAGAAAGUUGAUGUAAGUGAAGAUGGAAUGAAAGCACUUGUGACUCUCUCCAGCGGAGAUAUGCGAAGGGCUCUCAACAUUUUGCAGAGCACCAACAUGGCCUUUGGGAAGGUGACUGAGGAGACUGUCUACACCUGCACAGGGCACCCGCUCAAGUCAGACAUUGCCAACAUUCUGGACUGGAUGUUGAAUCAGGACUUCACCACAGCCUACAGAAAUAUCAUGGAGUUGAAGACUCUGAAGGGGCUGGCAUUACAUGACAUCCUGACCGAGAUUCACCUGUUUGUACACAGAGUUGACUUUCCGUCUUCAGUUCGAAUUCAUUUAUUGACCAAAAUGGCAGACAUUGAGUACAGGCUUUCUGUUGGCACCAGUGAGAAGAUUCAGCUGAGUUCCCUCAUUGCCGCUUUCCAAGUCACCAGAGACCUGAUUGUGGCAGAGGCCUAGAUGUCCCAGGGCCCCAUCAGGGACUACGGAAGCAGAGCACUCAGGCUGGGAUAACACAUUGCCUGGCUAUGCAGUGAAGCCAGUCUGUCUCCUGUUUUGGAAAACCAUUCCAAAGUACUUUAUCUGUGGCUGUUCGAGUUAGGAUGUACAAAACGCUGUUGACGCACAACUGCCUUACCAUCUUUCAUAGGCAUCUAUUUUCUUCCCAGAUUUAAGGCUUUCACCUUUCAGUUACUUGGGUGACAGGAUUUGGCUUAUCUAGUUUCAGUCUGGAACAUGAGAUUUUAAGUCUGUUAUGUAUGGUUCAAAUGUCUUCCAACAUCUCUAAAGUUUCUAAAUUUUAAUUUUUGAUACUGCCUUUAAACAGGUGCUAAUGGAUUUCUGGCCACAACUCCUAACAACAGUGAAGUCUUAAAUUUUGGGGGGUUUUUUGGGGUGCUUUUUGAGAUAGUGUGUUUCAUAGACUGGCUCUGAACUUGGGGCAGUCUUCCUGCCUCAGCCUCCCAAGUGCUGGAAUUACAAGCAUGUGCCACCAUAUUGCUUCCUAAAAUUUCUUUUGGAAUUUUUAGGUGUUUUUGAGAUACGGUCUCAUUGUGCACGCAGUUCACUAACCUUGAGCUCACUUUGUAGCCCACGCGGGUCUUGAACUCUCCAGCAAUCUUCCUGCCUCAGCCUCCAGAAAGCCGGGAUUACAGGCAUGUGUCACCACACCCAGCUUGUUUACUGUAAAAACUCAUCGUUUUAUUUCCCCUCUUAAAGACUUACCAACAGGUUCCAGAUUGUAACACUAUGAAAGCACUAUAAUAAAGAGCCAUUAAAUUGUGGUGACAUUGUGAGCCACUGGCAAUAUAAAUCUUUUUUAAUCCAGGGAGGACAUGUGAGAUGUAAGCCAGAGUCUAACUGCUGGAAGGGCUGGACUUUCUCUACAAAGGUAGCAAUCUUCUAGCAGUUUUGUAGCACUUACAUGUUUCACAGCAAAAAUAAAGCACUGGCCUGCAGGUUGUAAGACUCUUCUGUGGCGGAUUAGAGAUGCCUUGUCCACCUUGCAUGUACAGUAAAUCUUUUGGUCUGGUGGCACAGAGUAUUUCCUUUAGAGACUUCCUUACAAGUGUCACGUUCUUGGGCCUCAAGUAGUUUGACUUUUUCAACUUGGUACAGAAGGAUCAUGAGUUUAGUAGAAACUGGACUUCAAAUUUUCAUCUUCCCCAGGCUGCCAACAUGUAGUGUAAUACCCUAGUGACAGCAGAGAGCAGCAGCAAGCCACAGCUCCUGCUGGCCACAUGAUUAUGAGGGAAGUAACUGACACUAGGCAGUGAACUACGUCAGUGAGCUAUGGGGGUCAGUCGAUGUGUGAGGCACAUCUGCAGCUGGGUGUUUUCAAUGUACUGUGACAUUAGUGGGAUGGAGCCCUGUAUGUAGCAGCACGUGUGCACCAUCAGGUAAAAGUAGGGCUGUGGGCAUGGCUCAGGGCACUUGCCUCGCAAGAGGCCAUGGGUUCUGUUCUCAGCAUCAUGUAAGUAAGCAGGAGUCAGUUAUUUCCUCCACCAUAGAGAAGUCACUACCAAGGAUACCAGUAGAGUUUGAAUCAGCUGGCCAAGUACAGCCUCAGAGUAGCCACCAAGAGCCUCAGCCGCUGCUAUAGGUAUUCCCUUAAGGUAACCAACACUGAAAAGAUAAACAGAAAACGAUAAAGUUGAUCAACUGUUCCCAGUCUCCCACUGAACUACCUGUUUCAAAAGGUGUUUAUUUUUU